UCUUUAAUAGUUUUUAUUUUAAAAACAAAUACUUAGUGAUAAUAUCUAUUUUGUUUAAUUAAGUAAGGGGCGGGACUUUGGUGUUGCUGUAACCAUGGUUCCUGUAAACAGCGUCCUGUACAGAUGAUUUUAUGUGAGAAAGAGAUGAAGAGCAGCAACUUGGACGGAUUUAUUAGUGUUUACACCUAAUAGUCAAUUAUCCGAAUGAUCUCAUUAGUGUUUACAGCAGAACCCGGAGCGCAGUAAAAAUAUUCCUUAUCAUAUAAUUGUUUAUUGUGUGGUUGUUUCUUCUCUCUCGUGUUGGAGAACCUGGUCCUUCUUGAGGAACGAUGGCUGAAGUUGAGAUUUACCCGCACCAUGUGUUUGGUUUGCGCACAGCAGUGAGGAAUAAUCUGCACUUUCUAGACGAACAAACGAUCGUGUUUCCGUGUGGAAACAACUGCGCGCGCUACCACAUCCACCUGCGGGGGUGCAAGUUCGUUACAGGUACGGAGAAGAGCCGGGGUAUGCAGGCGCUCGCUCUCAGCCCUAACUGGCGUUAUCUGGCCGUGUCAGAGCGUGGUGAGAGAGGCACCAUCACCAUCUACGAUCUGCAGCACGAACAGAGCCGUAAGAGGAAGGUCCUGACAGGAGGAGACGUCAGCACGCAGGAGUUUGUCUGGAUGGCUUUUUCGCCUGACUCCAAGUUCCUGCUGGGUCAGGGUGGAGGACCCGACUGGACCCUCAUCUACUGGAUGUGGGAGAAAAAUAAGGUCUUGGCUACUGUGAAGAGCACAAACAUGGGUCCUAUCUAUCAGGUCAGCUUUAACCCUCAGGACAGUACUCAGAUCUGUGUGAGCGGCAACGGCGUGUUCAAGCUUUUUCGCUACGUUGACGGUGUCCUGAAACAGACCAACUCCGCAAAGCUGGAGACGCAGAACAUCCUGUCUCACGUGUGGAUGAGUGAGGAGCGUAUCAUCGCUGGGACGGAGACGGGACAACUGCUGGUGUUUGAGUCAGGAGACCUGCGGUGGGAGAUGAGUGUGGCCAACAGGAUAACUGAACAGGACACUAGAAGACAAGCAGAGGAUGGGGCAUUAUCAGGUCUGGCCCCGAUGCCCAGAGUGACCGCCAUUAAAGCUUAUUCUAAAGGCUUCGCAUGCUCAGCUGGUCCAGGAACUGUGUGUCUGUUUGAGAAAACUGAGGAGAACAACUACAGACAAAUCAGAGAAAUAAGGAUACCCCAGGACCCAUGCAGCAAUGAGCCGAAUCAGGCGGAGCAGCAGGAGAUCUCCACAAUGUCUAUCAGCCCAUCAGAAGAUACUCUGGCCACCAGUACAGACCGAGGCCAAGUCUACGCCAUCGCACUGGCCUCGGCCGAGAUGUCCAAGCAGGGUAUGGAGGCUCACUUCGAGUUCCUGUCUCACUCUUUUCACUCGGGGGCCAUCACCGGUCUCUCCAUCUGCAUCCGCAAGCCGCUCAUCGCCACCUGCUCUGUGGACCACUCCAUACGCAUAUGGAAUUACGGCACUGGUGAUUUGGAGCUGUAUAAAGAGUUCCAGGAGGAGUUGUACAGCGUUGCUCUGCACCCGUCUGGUCUCUUCAUCCUCGCUGGCUUCUCCGACAAGCUCCGCCUCAUGAACCUGCUCAUCGAUGACAUUCGCACCUUUAAGGAGUUCACUGUGCGCAGCUGCCGAGAGUGCGUGUUCAGCCACGGGGGUCACAUGUUCGCCGCCGUCAACGGUAACGUGAUUCAUCUGUACUCCACCAUGACCUUCGACAACAUCCUGAAUCUAAAAGGCCACACUGGCAAGGUACGCUCAGUGGUGUGGAGGUCUGACGACAGUAGUCUGGUGUCGUGUGGGAUGGACGGAGCCGUGUACGAGUGGAACGCUUUAAACGGCCAGCGCGAGUCCGAGAGCGUGCUGAAGUCGUGCAGUUACACCGGGGUGGCGCUGCCCCCCGACACCUCCAGCAUCAUCGCCGUGGGCAACGACUGCACGCUGAAGGAGAUCCACAACUGCCAGAUCCUGAGGGAAGUGUCCUCAGAUGACGUGAUCUACACAGCGGUUGUCAUGACCCGCUCAGGCCGAGCGCUCUUCACUGGGACCUCCAGCGGCACCAUAAGAGCCUUCAAGUACCCUUUAGUCAUGCAGAAAGACUGGAAAGAGUACCAGGCCCAUUCUGCUCCAGUUACUAAACUGGCGAUCACGUUCGAUGAGCAGUACCUCCUGAGCGCUUCGGAAGAUGGCUGUCUGUUCAUCUGGAGGAUCACGGAGCAGGAAGGACGAGGGCUGAAAAGGGACAAGGAAACGAGCUUUGCUGAGGAGAUCCUUAUCACCAAGUCUGAUCUGGAGGAAAAGAACCAGAUCACACUGGAGCUCAGGACACGGGUGGAAGAGAUGAAGAUGGAGAACGAGUACCAGCUGCGUCUCAAGGACAUGAAUUAUAACGAAAAGGUCAAGGAGCUCACGGAGAAGUUCAUCCAGCAGAUAGAGUCUCUCACAAACCAAAACCAGGUGCUGAAUUCGGAGAAGGAAAAGCAGGUGAUCAUACACCAGGUGGCGCUGAAGGACAUUAUAGAGAAACAUACUAAAGAGCAGCAGGAUCUGGAAUCCACCAACACCCAGAAGCUAAUGCUGGAGUAUGAGAAGCACCAGGAGCUGCAGGUGAAGUUGCAGAAGAUGCAGGAGAGCUACGAGGAGAAGCUGCAGGAUCUGGAGGAGAGCCGUCAGCGAGCCCUGGAGGACAUGACACAGUUCUACGAGAACAAGCUGCAGGAGAAGAUGCUCGAGUUGAGCCAGUGUCAGGACGAGUCUCGGCAGCAGCUGCGAGAGUUCGAGGAGAUAAACAAGCAGAUGGAGGAAGACGGAGAUAUGGAGCUCCACGACAUCCGCAUCAAAUACGAACGGAAGCUCUGGGAUGAGAAGGAGACCAACCUGAAGCUCAGCGGAGAGACGAGAGUCAUGAAGAAGAAGUUCACCAGCCUGCAGACCGAGAUCGAUAACCGCAACCUGGAGAUCGAGAAGCUGAAGGUGGAGCAGCAGAAGCUCCACGGUGUCAUCAAGGCUCUGGAGAAGGACAUCAUGGGGCUGAAGAGGGAGAUCCUGGAGAGAGACGAGACCAUCCAGGACAAGGAAAACCGCAUCUAUGAUCUGAAGAAGAAGAACGAGGAGCUGGAGAAGUUCAAAUUUGUGCUGGAAUACAAAGUGAAUGAACUGAAGAAGCAAAUCGAGCCACGGGAGAAUGAAGUGAAGGAGAUGAAGGAGCAGGUCCAUGAGAUGGAUGUUGAACUCGAGCAGUUCCGUAAGAAGAACAUUCAGCUGGAGCUAACGAUCUCUGAGAUGAAGCUGAAGCUCAAAGCCACGGAUAAGGAGCGUAAGAAAGAGACGCAGAGGGUCCGUGAUGUAGAAGGUGCACUACACAGGUUUAAAACUGACCUUCACAACUGUGUGGGCUUCAUCCAGGAGCCGAAGAAGUUAAAGGAGAGCGUUCGAGAGAUUUACGAACGCUACGUCCAACAGUCAGACGUGGUGGAGAUAGAUGGAGGGGAAGCUGAUGUCCAGCGAGAGUACAGCAGGCAGAGGGAGCACAUGGAGAGGAACAUGGAGUUGCUCAGGAGGAGACUGGCAAAGGACACCAAAGUGCAUGAAGACAAGAACAUCAAGUUGAUGAAGGAGAACGUCUCCCUUAUAAAAGAGAUUAAUAAUUUGCGGGCAGAACUGAGGUUGCUGCAAACACGUUUCCACGAGUACGAAACUCAGAACGUGUCCAGCAAGAACAAGUCCAAGAGCGUCAUGCGUAUGAAGUCGUCGCCAUCUGCAGCAUCACCACCGAACUCUGAGCACGAAGCUCAGCGCAUCAUCCAGCAGCAGCGUCUCGACAUCCAGCGCCUAAAGCAGCAAAUACUUAGUCAAGGUCAAAGUCAAGGUCAAGAUCAGGACCCAAACUUCUUCCUCCCAAAUCCAUCAAGCAACAUCAAACUACCAGCUCUUACUACAUAAACACUCAUUACACCAUACACACACCACAUACACUCAUUACACCAUACACACACACACACACACACACACACACACACACACACACA